AUGCAAACCGAAUUACGGCCCGAAGAGCCCUGUACAUGUGCGAACUGCGUGCAGACCACCAAACCCAAGAAACAAAGGAGAUCCGUGCGAUACAAGUUCAGUUUCACCAAAAAUUUGCGUGUGGAUCGCACGAAUUAUAGAGAAAUCACUUCGAUGUCUUACUUGGCGCGAAAGUAUGGCGAAAAGAGUGCUGUGAACAUUCGGAAAUUCAUCAAAUGUAUCCAUCGGAAAAUCAAUAUUGGGGUCUCAGCGAUCAACGACGAGCAGAUCGAGCAAAUGUGGGCCUGGGACAAAGUCAAGCUUUUUCUGCUACUGGUGACUCUUUCCCAGCGAGGAGGACCCGAUUACUGGAUCGACAGAGACGGCGAAUCAAAGGAAAACCUGAAACCAAAAAACGCAGAUCCACCCGUGGAGAAAAAUGAAAAACGGUUCUACACUUUGACCGAACAGAUAAUGCGUUUCAAUCUAAAUGAAGAUUUCAACGAGCUGAUACACGACGAAAACUACGUGCUGAGCUCGAUUUGGGCCAAUUUUAUGGAAGGUCUCAUAAACCACUACCUUGAAAAAGUGAUUAUACCGCAGAGCGAGAUGAAAGUGUGCCAGCAGCUUUACAAGCCUAUGAUGAAGAUCAUUUCACUUUACAACGAGUACAACGAACUCAUGGAGAAAAGUGAACGCAGCGGGUUUCUUCCGCCGGAGGACUCUGAUCGUUCCGACCUUCCAGACGAACAUGAUGGCAUGGCUGAGGGCGGUAAAUUAAAGACUGCACAGCGGCUGCUGUGGCAAGCUCGACAAGAUAUACCGAAGACUAUCAGCAAGGAGCUUACUUUACUGUCUGAAAUGUACUCGACACUGUCGACCGACGAACAAGAUUAUGAGCUCGGCGAGUUCGUCUCAAGUGCCGAGGAGUACAUUGAAAUGGAGUAUCUACCGAGCUUGACAGAGGUUUUAUUCGAUAAUUGUAGCUCCAACAACUUCUGGAAGAUAAUGCUCGUUUUGGAGCCCUUUUUCUAUUACAUUGAGGACACCGGUGAAUCCACCGAUUGCAUGAAAUCUCAAACCACCACUUCCGCACCCGAUCCGAGGGUUGUAACUCUAGAAAAGAUCUGUGAAGUAGCAGCAAGACAAGAAUGGGCCUAG